AUGGCUGUCUUGGACGCUCGCGCAAAGCUCACCGCAUUGCGCGAGCUCAUGCGCGAGCGCAACAUUGGCGUCUAUGUCGUCCCCUCUGAGGAUGCUCACUCGUCCGAGUACCUCGCUCCCUGUGACGCCCGCCGCGCGUUCAUCACCGAGUUCAACGGCUCGGCUGGCUGUGCGGUGAUCACCCAGACUGAGGCCCUUUGCUGGACCGACGGUCGCUACUGGCUGCAGGCUGGCAAGCAGCUCGGCGAAGACUGGACUCUCAUGAAGCAGGGCCUUCCCGAGGUUCCUUCUUGGAACCAGUGGCUCAAGGUGAGCUUGGAAGAUGGAUGUCAAAAGCUAAUGCUCCAGGACCUCGGCCCCACCACCCGCAUUGGAAUCGACCCGCAUGUCAUCUCCCAGGCCGAGGCCAAGCCAUUGAUGGAGGCCAUCACCGCCGACUCUACUCGCGCGUUUGUUCCCAUCAAGGACAACCUCGUUGACCUUGUGUGGGCAGAGGGACAGCCUGCUCGCCCCGCCCACCCAAUCUUCCGCCUCGGUGACGAGUACGCCGGCGAGAGCGUCGGGUCCAAGCUCGCCAACAUCCGUGACAAGCUCAUCAAGACUGGCUCGCCUGGUACUGUUGUCAGCAACCUUGACGAGGUUGCCUGGCUGUUCAACCUGCGCGGCAGCGACAUUCCCUACAACCCCGUGUUCUUUGCGUACGCCAUCGUCACCAAGCACGACUGCACCCUCUUCUGCCAGCCGGCGAGCCUCACUCCAGCCGUCCGCGACUACCUCCAUGCCAACGAUGUCGUUGUCCUCGAGUACUCGCAGGUCUGGGGUGCCCUUGAGAGCUGGCGCGCGCUCCUCAACAACGAGCGUAAGGAGGCCGAGGCCAAGAAGAAGGCCGACGCAGAGGCUGCUGCCGCUGCCGAGCCCAACGAGCAGUCGCCGGCUCCCGUUGCUGUCCCCAAGACGCCGACUCCCGAGCCCAAGCUCGACCCCAAGGAGAACAUUGUCAAGACCGACAAGGUCAUCAUCGGCAACAAGGCCAGCUGGGCCGUGGCCAACGCGCUGGGCGAGGACAACAUUGAUGUGCGCAGCUCGAUGAUCGAGGCUGCCAAGGCGAAGAAGAAUGCCACGGAGAUUGAGGGCUUCCGCCGCUCCCACAUCCGUGACGGUGCCGCGCUGUGCCGCUACUUUGCCUGGCUCGAGGAGGUCCUCGGCAAGGGCGAGCAGUGGAACGAGUUUGACGCCGCCACCCAGCUCGAGAACUUCCGUGCCCAGGGCAAGCUGUUCAAGGGCCUCUCGUUUGACACCAUCUCGUCCACUGGCGCCAACGCCGCCGUCAUCCACUACUCGCCUGCCGAGCAGGGCAGUGCCAUUAUCGACAAGGACCAGAUCUACCUCUGCGACUCGGGCGCUCAGUACAUGGACGGCACGACCGACGUGACCCGUACCCUCCACUUUGGCACCCCUACUGCCGAGGAGAAGCGCGCGUUCACCCGUGUGCUCCAGGGCCACAUUGCCCUCGACACUCUGGUCUUCCCCUCGGGCACCACCGGUUUUGUCAUUGACGCGAUCGCCCGUAGCCCCCUCUGGGCCGACGGUCUCGACUACCGCCACGGUACCGGUCACGGAGUGGGCCACUUUUUGAACGUCCACGAGGGCCCCCAGGGUGUCGGUCCCCGCCCGACCUACAACAAGGUCGGCCUCGUCGAGGGCAUGGUCAUCUCCAACGAGCCCGGAUACUACGCCGACGGCAAGUUUGGUAUCCGUAUUGAGAGCGUCGUGGUCGUCCGCAACGCCCAGACCCUCAACAACUUUGGCGACAAGGGCUACCUCGAGUUUGAAAACUUUACCAUGUGCCCCAUCCAGACCUCCCUCAUUGAGCAGUCGCUCCUGAGCCCGGCCGAGCGCAACUGGAUCAACUCGUACCACGCCGAGGUCCAGGGCAAGGUCGAGCUCGAGCUGCGUCAGUACGGCGACGAGCGUGCUCUCGCUUGGCUGCGGCGCGAGUGCGUCCCCAUCUAA